ACACAAACUCAUCUCAAAAAAGUACCAAACCUAAUACAAACAUCUCCACAACCACUUGGCAUACAUUGCAUGCAUCAUUCUUACUAGCCACCUAAAUGAUCCAUCCCCGGUCACAGUUUUACGGGCUAAACAUGUGUCCUCUGGCCGUUCCCGAGAGGACACUCCAGACCUUCCCGCCGGAGAGGCACACCAACCUUGUACGCCGACCGGGAGGCCUCAUCUCCCUCCCUGAGGGAUGGAAGGCUCCGGAGACCCGCCCGGGAAACUCACAGUACCGUUUGACGAAGCUGCUUCUGAAUGUGACGAUAGAGAGAAGCCUCGGGCCUGUGCACGUUGUGAUGUCGUCGGAGAAUACGGUCAGUGAUUUGAUCAAGUCCGUGGUAGAUAUUUACGUGAAGGAGAAGAGGAGGCCUUUGGUGAAGGAGACUGAUCCGCACCGUUUCAAGCUUCACUACUCACAGUUCAGUCUUGAGAGUAUAAAGGCAGAUGAGAAGUUGAUACAGUUGGGAUCUAGAAAUUUUUUCUUGUGCUCAAAGUCGUCAGAUUCAGCUACCGUUUUAUCCAGCUCUGUCAGCAAUUGCUCAAAGGAAGCAGAGAAGGACAUCAAUUCCCCAUUUCCAUUGAUAAAAUUUAUGGAUUUCUUGCUGUAAUUUCUCUUUUGUUAUGAUCAUAUAUUUCAUGUAUCAUGCAUGAGUACUUGAGUAGUAUGCCUGUUUCUACAAAGAACUGUAUGAUCUCUAUAUAUAUGUAUAUGCAUGUUGUCGAUCAAUAU